AUGCUUCUAGAUCAUCUAAGUACUGGAAUCUGGGUUAUUGUUUUGUUAUUAGGUCCCUAUGAAAAAGGAAAAUGGCCAAACGGUUAUGGUACCGCUUUUCCAAAGUCAAGAAAAUAUUGCUGGCAAGGAAUAGAGAUUUAUUUUGACAGAGGCAACUUUUAUGACUUUACCUCUCUUGUGCGUGAGUUGGAUGUCCCUGGGGAUAUAUAUGAAAGGAAAACUUACCCAUAUGAAUUUUUUACUGUUGAAAUGCCGUAUGAAACUUAUAGUGGUGUGAAUGUGCGGCUCAGGUAUGUCCUGAAAGUAACAGUUAGCCGUAAUUAUGGUGGAAGCAUAGUGGAAUACCAGGACUUUAUGGUUCGUAAUUAUUCUCCACCUCCAUCAAUCAACAAUAGCAUCAAGAUGGAAGUUGGAAUUGAAGACUGCCUGCACAUCGAGUUUGAGUGCAACAAAAGCAAAUAUCAUCUUAAAGAUGUUUUUAUUGGCAAGAUAUAUUUUCUUCUUGUGAGAAUCAAGAUUAAGAAUAUGGAUCUUGAGAUAAGGCGUAGAGAGUCAACAGGAUCAGGAGCAAAUACCCAUGUUGAAACAGAGACACUAGCUAAAUGUGAGUUGAUGGAUGGUGCUCCAGUCAGAGGUGAAUCGAUUCCGAUCAGGCUGUUUCUCAGUCCAUAUGAGGUGACACCAACACAUCGCAACAUAAACAACAAAUUCAGCGUGAAGUAUUACUUGAAUCUUGUGCUUGUCGAUGAAGAGGAUCGUCGGUAUUUCAAACAGCAGGAAAUUACGAUGUACAGGUUGCAGGAUUCCUGAGGAAGCAAUCUACAUACAUGUAAACUUUGACAUUACAUCCCGUAAAGAAGAACGAUGAUUAACUUCCGGUACCUUUGUAUGGCCUUGAAGCUUAGGCUUAAAAGUUAGGUACUGGACGACAGGGUUUGUUUACUUGGAAGAGCUACAAUGGCUUGGUAUACUUUGCUCGACUGCAGUCGUGCCGUCGCCGAGGGUGUAACUAUAUUUUAGUACGGUCUUCACUAGGCUGCCACCGCCGAUGGACAUUAUGGUUUACAGUCGGUUCAUGUUCCAUGUGAACUACUUAACAAUGGCGUGAUUUUUUUCUCUUUUCAAGUAAAACUUCCCGUACCAAGCCCAAAAUUAUACGACCCAAAAUAUGUUGAUAAAUUAUUACCACAAAAUCUUAAACAAACAAAAUACAUAAUA